AUGAAAGACAUUGCUAUAAAUGAAGAGACGUGCAAGAACAGCCUCAGCGAGUUCGCGCCUGAUGUCGUACUGGCUGAUUUCGGACUUGCAAAAGGAAACCAAGCAUCGACGUUGAAAACAUAUUGCGGAACGCCGGCAUACAUGGCUCCUGAGAUGAUCGAUAGCGACCGACUGCCAUACAAUCCGAAAGUGGACAUGUGGAGUCUUGGUGUUGUUUUGUUCACUGGUAUUUGCGGCUAUCCUCCUUUCAGUGACGAUUACACUGAUAUGGACCUGAAAUCCCAGAUAAAAACAGGGCGCCUCAUGUUUCAUAACCAGUGGAAAUACGUGACAUUGGAAACGCAAUUUGUUAUCAAAUCGAUGCUCAAGGUUGAUAAAGCGAUGGAAUGCCGUUCUAUGGAAUGCGGGUAG